GUCCGUUUCCGGCGCGGCGGUGGUGUUGUUGUUGUUGAGGCGCUAUGGUUUGUCAGCGCGGCCUCGAUCUUUUCCCGUGAGUUUUUGUCGCUUUCUGCGGGUUUCAUGUUCCGCGCCGCCGAGAUCAAGAGCUUCGGUAAAGCGGGAACCGACUGGCACUUUCGGCGGACGAUGGACGAGCUGGUCCAUGACCUGGUGUCGGCUCUGGAGGAGAGUUCAGAACAAGCCCGUGGAGGGUUUGGAGACGGUGGAGAUCACGCUCUGGCCGUCGGUUGCCUGUUGAAACGCCAGGCCCGCAAGCGCCGUGGCCGUAAGCGUCGGUCCGAUAACCCUCACCCGCCGUGGGACACCUGUCACCUGAGCGAAGGCUCUGAGUCCAGCCUAGAGGAGCAGAAAGACUACCGCUCAUCCACGGCAGCGGGGGGUGCUCACACCCGCGACAACAACAGCGACUCGGAUGAGCAGCUGGGCACGAAGCGGCGUACGCCCCUCACUGACUCCGGCAGGGGCAAGAGGCCGCUGUGGCUGGACGACUUGAGCGGAGCAGACGUUUUGGGAACGCGCAGUUUGCGGAGGCGUCGGAAAGUCAAGCGCAUGGCUGUGGACCCACCACUAGAGGUCUCCACCAUUCUAGUGCCACCGUCCAGAGCAACCAACAGCAGGGAGGCGGGGUUUAGUCCGGAGGCCAAAGGGAGCGAAUCAAACAAAAACAGGGUGAAGAAGAGGAAGUUCACGGCGCAGAGACUCGCACAGGACGCGGCGGACGAAGGCGUGGUGGUGGAGAGCGAAGAGGCAGGACAAGCGGCCAAAGAUAAGAUGGACUAUGAGGAGCAGAAAGGCUCAGAUGAGGAGAUGAGUGACAGGUGGACAAGAUCUCGCAAGAUGUCAAAAAAGGGUGAGACGAGCAGUGUGAGUAACAGCAGUGAUGGGGGCCUGUACACAAACGACGAGGGAAGGCAAGGCGACGAUGAGCAGAGCGAUUGGUUCUUUGAGGGCGAGCCGGGUGGGGCGUGUGGAGUCGCGGGUGUGGUGCCGUGGUGGGAGAGAGACUCUAACGAACUGGACCUGAAUGACCCCGUGUUCAACAGCAUCCUGACCGGAGCGUUCCCGUUAAUGUCACAGGGAGCUCAAAGAGGGUUUCAAGCGCGGCUUGCGCGGCAGGCCUGUCUUCAGCAGUCACAGGGAACCUCUCAAGGAAUUCCUGAUCGAUUACUGAGAUUAUCCCAGGAUCCUCAUGACUCGUGGUUCAGCUCGGGGGCCAGAAGAGACCAAUUGCUUUGGGAUUCUCGUAGCGACAGAAGCCACAGGAAAAGCUGCUCGUUAAAGACUGCUAGCAGACAAACCAGUGGUCAUCUUGGCUCUUUGUGUACUGGAGAUAUAAAGAGACGAAGGAAAGCUGCGCCUGUGGGAGCCCCGUCAUCCUCCGGUGUGGUGGGUGAGUGCGCUGCUCCUCUGCCGGAGUCAAACGUGGGGAACCGUAUGCUGCAGAGUAUGGGCUGGACCCCAGGGUCGGGCCUGGGCCCUGACGGCAGAGGCAUCACGGAGCCCAUUCGUGCGUCUCAGAGGCCGAAGGGAGCCGGACUGGGCUUCAACUGAGCUUGAGCCUAGAACAGAGAGAGCAAUUCAUGCAGAGACAGCAGCUCGGGGCCCACGGUCCGCCUUUCUCUCCGUUAACCUCACCGUUAACGGCAGCCAGCCAGCAGAGGGCAGCACUGAGGUGAAAAGAUGACUGACACAAUGGAAAAAAAAAUAGGACACCUGCACUGGCUCAGACAAGGACUGACUCUUGAGCUGCCUUACUGCCGCCACACACACACACACCGACUCAUUUCAACACCAACGUUAAAGCAAACAAAUUAACUUCAGAAAAAAACAUUAUUCACCAAAAAAGUAUCAUUACAGUCAAGAAUUUGCCAUUUGUAAUGAAAAUGUUUCUACAGUACAGGAUGAAUUGAAUGAGGAAAUAUUUAACCGGACAAAUCAUAGGGAAAAUACAUAAUAAAUUACAUUUUGCAUAACAACAAAUGAAGCCUGUUUAUAGGACCUUGAAGAUUUUGUGCUUUAUGAAAUUAUUUUCAUGUUAAUUAAGCACAUUUCUCACAACAUUCGUUACUGUAAUGUAAAAAAAAAGAUUUUGUUAAAAUGAGAGUUAAUUAUAUUCAGUAUAAUAGUGGCCGUCUUUAUUUUUUCAUUGCAACAAUGAUAUGCACUUAAUUGUCAUCAAAACUAAUAAUAGUACUAAAAACAGGCUUCAUGCAAAAUAGGAUUUAUUAUAUUAUUUUGAUGUUUUCACUCAGUAAUGCAACACCCUGCAGAAGUAUUUUAAUAAGCCUUUGGGUCCUUAUCAGUGAUGUUAAUUACAAGCCAACAGCCAAACCUCAGCGCUCGGCAAAUACCAGUGGAAAUUAG